GUACUAACGCCAUUCACAGUCGAGAUCCAAUGUCCUGAGAAUGCCAUCAGCGGUAUUUACAGCAUGUUGAACAGGCGUCGUGGCCAGGUCUCCAGCGAAGAGCAGAGGCCGGGAACGCCCAUGUUCACCGUCAAAGUGUACCUUCCCGUUAAUGAGUCCUUCGGCUUCAACAGUGAUCUCCACUCACAAACAGCUGGUUAUGCCUUCCCCCAGUGUGUGUUCGACCACUGGGAGAUCAUGAACUCUUACUAA